AUGCCUACGAUCGAACUCAAAGAGUGGAUGACUCCAGUGCUCCGAGUGAGAAUCUGCUCCGGUCGCUCAUCGAACGACCCUUCGGGGAGGAUGCCGUGGGAUGGCAUGUGGCAGUCCUGGCCGAAGACCACGGCUAUAGCAAUGAGCGCUACUACACAGGACGAGUUGUUGCCUACAGUGCCGAAACCGACACCUACCUGA